GUCAGCAUCAGGAGAAACAUCACAAGCAGAAUCAGUAGCAUUACAAGCAGAAUUAUCAACAUUAGGAGGAGCAGCACAGUCAGAAUCAGCAGCAUCAGUAGGAACAUCACAAACAGAAUCAGUUGCAUCACAAGCAGAAUCAGCAGCUUUAGGAGGAGCAGCACAGUCAGAAUCAGCAGAAUCAGGAGGAGCAUCACAAUCAGAAUCAGUAGCAUCACAAGCAGAAUCACUAGAAUUAGGAGGAGCAGCACAGUCAGAAUCAGCCGAAUCAGGAGGAGCAUCACAAGCAGAAUCAACAACAUCAAGAGAAGCAUUACAAACAGAAUCAGCAGGAUCAGAAGCAGAAUCACUAGCAUCACAAGCAGAAUCAGCAGGAUCACAAGCAGAAUCAGCAGCAUCAGGAGGAUCAUCACAAGCAGAACCAGCAGCAACACUUGAAGAAUUGGCAGGAUCAGGAGGAAUAUCACAAACAGAAUCAACAACAUCAAGAGAAGCAUUACAAACAGAAUCAGCAGGAUCAGAAGCAGAAUCACUAGCAUCACAAGCAGAAUCAGCAGCAUCAGGAGGAUCAUCACAAGCAGAAUCGGUAGCAUCACAUGCAGAAUCAGUAGCAUCACAAGCAGAAUCAGCAGCAUCACAAGCAGAAUCAGCAUCAUCACAUGCAGAGACAGCAGCAUCAGGAGGAACACCACAAGCAGAUUCAGUAGAAUCACAUGCAGACUUAGCAGCAUCACAAGCAGAGUCAGCUGUAUCACAAGCAGAAUAUGCAUUAUCAAGAGGAGCAUUACAAAAAGAAUCAGAAGCAUCACUGGGAGUAUUAGCAGGAUCAGCAGGAGCAACUGGACUUACAGGAUUACUGGCAGGAUCAGGGCUUGUUACAGGAGAAAAAUCUGCUAUUUUUGGAUCACAUAGGCACAGACAAUUACAGACAGAAGCAGUAGAGAUGAGAGACAUAUUUCCACAGACAGAGAGGUCACGGACCAAGAAGACAGAAAGAGAACAGCUUCUACUAAUGCCAGAUUCAUCUGAAAACACAGAUACGUGUGUAACAGGAAAGAUAAUCCCUGAGCAAAUGACUGAAGACUCUACAUCUAAUGACUCAGUAAAAGGAGAACACAAGGAAACCACAGGAGUCAGACCAGAUCAACACCUACAACAGGAAAAGAUUGGAAGAGAAAAAAUAAAGCAUUUAUUUCACAAACUUCAUCUUGAAGGCAAGCGCUGCAAUAAACUGAUAACUUCAGAUGUCCUUCAGAUAACUGAACAUUCUUUACAGUUCCAUGAGUCUUGUGCUGAGGAGGAGCUGGUUCAGACUUUCCUACAAAAAGUACUCAUGAUGAACUACAGAGCAAGAUACAUUCAUGUUAAUAAGACAAGUCAACAGGAUCACACACAAGAAACACAUAUUGACUUAUCUGAAGAUAAUGUUGAUAUAUUCAAGGCAGUGUCCUUGUCAGACAAAGGAACAAUGCAGCCUGAGCACAUUCACCCAAUGGAUGUUCAGAUGGCCGUGUUUCACUGUGCUGAUGGUUUCCUGAAGCAGAUGAUGGUGACUAAACUGUCCCAGUGUCAGUACGCUUUGCCUCUGCUUGUUCCUGAUCCAUUCACUCAACAGACUGAGUUUCCUCUCUGGACAUUCAGACAAAUCAACAAGAGCUGGAAGAUGAGAAGCAUCAACAAUGAAAUCAUCAGUCAAACCCAGCCCAUCUACAAGGCAGAAACUCCAAUGGUGUUUUUCUUCAGGUUUGGCUCUGUGUCUUCAUCCAAGUCUCAGCUGAUGAACAGUCUGAUCAAUGAGAAACACAACACGUUCUUCCACAGGAACUGCCCAGGCAGCAGCAGAACCAGAGUCUUGUUGGAUGGAGUGGUGGAGAUCGCCUGGUUCUGCCCUUCUGGGAAAAACACAGAUAAAUUCACUGAGUGUGUAGCAUUCUGUAAUCUACAUGGUGAUGCAGGAGACCAUGAGAAAAAGCUGCAGAUCCUAACUGAAAUUAGCUCAGUCAAUGUUGUUCUUCUUCCACAACUUGACAGGAAUGACAGACAUGCAGCAAAGAUCCAAAACCUGUACAAAGGCAGAAAGCCCCUCAUUUGUAUUUUUACAAAGGAUGAAUCUACUGUAACAGAGAUGAUGAAAGGGAAAUACAAAAUUGGUUUGAAAAACAGAAGUCAGUCAGAUGUAUCUGAAGAACUCAGAAGAAUUAUAAAUGAUUGUGUCUCAGAAUCGUCUCACACUUUCAGACUUGAAGAUGUGUCCAAACACCCAGAUGUCAGAGUAGAUGAAGAAGAUGAUGAUGACUGCAGGAGAGGAAGAGAAGCAGCACAGCAGAUGAUGAGUUUACUGGAGAAGAGGGAUCUGAGAGAAAUCAAAGACUCAUUUCUGCCUCAUCAGGGGAAACUGUGGCAUCAGUGGAGUCAGAAGAACAGAGAACUACAUCGCCCUCGAACAGAAGAGAUAGAAAUAUACAUCAGUAGAAAACAAACAGAAAUGAUGAAUAUUCGUCAACAGCAGCAUUCAUUUAAAAUCAGUGACUUCAUUAAGUUCCUCACUAAAAAAAUGAACUCAGAUGCUGAACACGAGAAGAUGUUUUUCCUUAAAUGGCUCAGAAUCCUCUUGGAUGAAUAUACUUCAGCUGACCUUUCUGCUCUACAUCACAAAUAUGAUGAAACAUGGUCAAAAGCUAUAAAACUGAAAAAGAAACAUGGUAAAUCUGAACAACGCAAAGCUGAACAAAAAGACCUUGAGAAAAUAUCCGAGGAGCUUCAAGCUGUGACCUUUGGUUUGGAGCACAUCAUGAGAGAAAUCGCUCAGAUCUAUGAAUCAUGUUCAUUUGUUAAUGAGAACAAGAAAGACCUCCAGGUUAACUUCUCUUCUCUCCCAACUCUUGCAGCAGAGAUGAUGAUCUCUGGAUCUCCACUGGAGCUGAUGGAUGGAGAUGCUGCUCAUGUUCCUGUGAUCUGGAUCUCUGCUGUUCUAGAUGAACUCGUCCAGAAACUGGGAGACCAGAGAGUCUUUGUGCUGUCAGUUUUAGGGCUUCGAGGCUCUGGGAAAUCCACCAUGCUGAACGCCAUGUUUGGACUGCAGUCUGCCGUCAGUGCUGGCAGGUGCACCAGAGGAGCCUUCAUGCAGCUGAUCAGAGUCUCAGACGAGAUGAAAACACAGAUGAACACUGACUAUAUUCUGGUUGUUGAAACAGAGGGCCUUCAUGCUCGAGAACUGGCUGGAAGAUCAACAAAAGAUCAUGACAAUGAAUUGGCAACAUUUGUUGUUGGUCUUGGAAAUCUGACUCUGAUCAACAUCUUUGGAGAAAACCCUUCUGAGAUGCAGGACAUUCUUCAGAUUGUUGUUCAGGCUUUCCUGAGGAUGAAGAAGGUCAGACUGAAUCCCAGCUGUGUGUUUGUGCAUCAGAACAUUCCAGAUGUCAGAACUGGAGGGAGAAACAUGGAGGGAAGGAGACGACUGCAGGAGACACUGGAUGAGAUGACAAACCUCGCUGCUAAAGAUGAAGACUCUGAUGCAGAAUGUUUCAGUGAUGUCAUUAGAUUUGAUGUUCAGAAUGAUGUGAAGUAUUUCACUCCACUCUGGGAGGGAAACACACUAAUUGCUCCUCCAAACCCUAACUACUGUGAGAACAUUCAAGAAUUAAAGAAAUCUAUUCUUUCUCAUGCCACACAAUCACAUGGAAUGAUGCUGGCACACUUAAAAGAUCAUAUUAAAGAUAUCUGGGAGGAUAUACUAAAUGAACGAUUCAUCUUCAGAUUCAGAAAUGCUCUGGAGAUUUCAGCCUACAGGAAACUGGAGACCGAAUAUAGCAAGUGGUCGUGGAGUCUUCGCAGAGCCAUGAUGGAAUAUCAGAACAAGUUACACAACAAAAUAGAAAAUGAAGUAAUUCAUGAGGUUGAUGAAACUGAUCUUCAAAGAGAACUAAAGAAGACAAGUGAAGAAGUGAGUAAAUCAAUGUCUGAAUUCUUUGAGAAAGACAAGGAUAAAGAUAUACUGAUUCAGUGGAAAACAUCAUUUGAAAUCAAAAUCAAAGAGCUUCGGGAAAACAUUAUCAGAGAAACAAAGAGGAAAUUACUUGAGAUUCUUCAGCAGCGAGACCUGAAGAAAAUGAUUGAUGCUUUGAGGACGCGACAUGAAAACACUCUCUAUGAAAGGAGCAAAGAACUUGCCUUAAAACUCAAAACCAAAGCAGACGAUGAAGAAAGACUGAAUAAAAAGUUUGAUUUGAUUUGGAAACAGAGUGUGAAGAAGAUCAUCAAAGACACUCCUGCAAUCAAAGACAUUGAUAUAAUGAGAGAUGUGAGAGAGAUCCUCAGUGCCAACUAUGGAACUCCUGUAGAUCACUCGAAGACGAGAAGCGAUGUUUUCUCAGUGAUGAGUUAUUAUGAUUAUGUAAAGGUAAAAAGAUCCAGUGGAUUUUUCUCAAAAGCUAAAGAGAGUCUUGGUUAUGCUCUAUCAAAAGAGGAUGACAUCCAAAUAAGAUCAUUCGUUACAGAUGUUGUUCAGCAGACAGACACAAUGAUUCAGUCAUUUAAUAUUUCAGAGAUGGGAUACAACAUCUGCUGCAUUCAACAACUCACAGAUUAUAUCAAGAAAAGAGUAACAAAAUAUGAGGAAGGAUCUAUGAAAUGUGUGUUCAAGAAACAAUUCUUCAUUGAUUUGGUUUAUUCCAUCUGUAAGAGAGCAAAUGAAAUGAUUACUGACCAGCACAGACUGUUCAGAGAUGCCAAUGAUCCUAUCAUAUAUUUUGACAAGAAAAUAAAAAAUUACUACAGUAUUUUCCAGAAAUACUGUCAUGGAGCUGCAUCAGCAUCAAUUUUUGGAGAGAUCAUCUGUCAGAAACUUAAAAAGUCCAUUGAGCAGAGUGUCUACAAGAAGACUGCCAGAGAUCUGACAGAUGAAAUGAGAAUGAACUGUGAAUCACUGAAUGGAAACCGAUCAAAUCUGGAGAAAAACAUCUUGAAGACACUGGCAGAAGAGGAGGAUUUUGACAAAUACAUGAACUACAUUCACAAUCCCAGAGAUCUCUUCAAGAGUUUCAUCAGAGAUGAGGUCAGUCAGUACAUCACUGAUAAGUUCAGUCUCAGUGUUUUCCCCAGGAUGAAGGACAACAUUGAACUCCUGCAGCAGAAGAUCAUGAGAGCAGCACAUGAAUCUACUGAACAUGUUCAAGAGAACAGAGGAGAUGCUGGUUUGUGGUUGAAGAGUUUCACACAGCAGCUCUCAGAUGAGCUGAUCUUCUCUGAAGAACACUUCAGUGGAGUGAAACUUGAUUAUGUUGAUUUGAAACUCCUAGAAGAUGUGAUACGACAAGAACUUACUGCUUUAAUGUCUGAGAUCAGCAGUAGAUUCAACACAGAGACAUUUCCAGUAGAUCUGGACUAUAAAUUCAGGCCAGAUGAGAUUGUAAUUGACCACUUGUGUCAUUGCUGUUGGGUUCAGUGUCCGUUCUGUGGAGCCACAUGCAACAAAACCUUAGAAAACCAUGAUGGAGAUCACAGUGUUGGUUUCCACAGAGUAACUGGAAUUGCAGGGUUAUUUUACAGAGGAUCAAGAGACUUAGCUGUUAAAAUCUGCACAUCAGCAGUAGCAAACAGAAAUCAGUAUUUUUAUCCCAAUAACUCAGAUAAUUUACUCCCCAGCACAGAAUACAGAAAAGCAGGAGGAGUUUAUGCAGACUGGAGCAUCCCCCCAGACCUGUCUGAUCUGCCUUACUGGAAGUGGUUUGUGUGCAGAUUCAAAGACGAUCUGGAAAAAAUCUACGAUAAAACUUUUGUGUGUAGUGAGAUUCCAGACAAAUGGAGAAAAUACUCAAAACAAGAAGCGAUUCAAAGUCUGAAUCAAUACAUCUAAUGAAGCCGAUACAGAAUGAUACUGUAUGCUGUUGGAUUCUCCUCUGAUCACAGUCAGAAAUGAGUUUCUAUUACACAUCAGUUAUACUCUGAAAUCAUCAGCAAAUACACUGGAUACAAGAGGUUUAAUGACAUCUCUCAAACUAAAUGUGUUCAGUUUUACGGAAUUAAAAAAUUACAGAUUUGAAUUGUGUCAGUUUGAAUUAGACAUGUAACAUUUAAAAAUAUUUAGUUUUGUUUUUUGUUUUUGGUCAUUGCUAGAUUUGUAUUUUUUCUGUAUUUUUGAGAGGUGAAAUGACCUUAAAAUAUUCAGAUUUUAAGUUUUCAAAUGAAUAAAACAUUCAGAUUAAGUAAACAUGAUCUUUAAAAGCAUAAUUUAAAUUGAUUAAUAAUAUUUUUGAAUAAUUCACUUAAACAAUGAAACAUUUAAUGGAAAAAAAGAAAACGUAUUACUUAAUAUCAAUACAUCUAAUGCUCUAUU